AUGGCCGCUGAACUUCCAAUGACUUUAGAACUACUAGAAAAUGAUCCAUUACAAGAAGCAAAUAUAACAUCUUUCUACGAACAAAUGAAAUCCACCUACAGGACAUUAGAUUAUUAUAAAAAUUUUACGUUUAUAAUCACUAUUUUACUAAUGUCCUUAUUAGUAAUGAUUGACAUAUUUUUAAUUGAAAUAUUCCGAAGACACCCAAAGCUGAAAACAAAAAUAAACCAGUACAUUUUCCAUUACGUUAUUAGCCAUUUGUUGUUUAUAAUCUCAAAGUAUUUGUUUUUUUAUAUUUUUAUACUAACUGGUUUAGUAAACUACAUUUCUACUAUCGUAUUUUAUAUUAUGUUAAUUUUUUCAGGGUUUGCUUCUGGGAUGUGUUACAUGUUGGGUUUAGGUUUAGGAGUAGAGUGGUUAUGCAUUGUUUAUAACAAAAAUUUGGAAGGAAAUGUAAGGUUUCUUUACAAUUACCCGAUAAUUAUCUCAUAUUUAAUUGGAGGCGUAAUAUACGGUAUACUAAUCAUUUUAAUGUUUUACUCAUUACACGUUGGAAUAGCUAUAUCAAAAAUAUUAGAUUUAUUAUUUAUACUGUUUAUAUUAAUUUGUAACUGCUUGCGAUAUAAGAGAAGACAUUUGGAUAACAAAAACAAUUAUAUUUUAAACAUAGCUAGCAUAUUAAUACUCAUUUGGGUACCAGCUUUUAUUUAUGAAGAACUAAUGACAUGGAGUUAUGGUCAUUACACUUUAUAUACCAUACUUUUAUUUACUUCAGAGAUUCCAGAAUUAUUUGCUGUUAGCACCCCAAUCGUUUUGGUUAUCAUUUUAAAAAGUCACGAUGAAUAUUUCAGAAAAGUAAUAGACAGAAGAAACUUGUGGACAUUGAAAUCCUUUGAUGGAAAUUCUGAAGAUGAAGAUGAAAUGGAGUAUACUGUAAAUUCCGAUACAAAUAUAAUAAAUGUAUAA